AGCUGCCAGCCCUGUGGCUGUUAAAUAACAGUGGCGCUUUCUCGUGUUAACUAUCGACUGCUCUUAGAGAUGAACAGUAACAUAGAAAAAUAAAUAGUUAAUCAUGUCUGAACAGGAGUUCAACCAAGCCGCCGAGGAUGUCAAGAACUUAAACAGCACACCAGCCGACAGCGAUCUGCUGGAACUGUAUGGCUUAUUCAAGCAGGCCAAUGUGGGAGAUUGCAAUACAGAUAAGCCCGGUUUCCUGGACUUCAAGGGCAAGUCCAAAUGGGAGGCCUGGAACAAGCUAAAGGGCACGAGCAGCGCUGACGCCCGAACUGCAUACAUAGCCAAAGUGAAAUCUCUGAUUGCGGCUGUGGGUCUAAAGUCCUAAACUGAUGCUGGCAUUAAGUUAGAAAUCUCCAGAAGGAAAUGCAUUUCUCACAUGUAGUACGCACAAUUUCGUCUGCACAAAAUACACACGCAAGCCAAAUAA